GCAUGAGAGCGAGAGGAGAAGAUGGCGGCGGCGGGGAAAGCGGCGUGAGGAGCCCGGGCUGCGAGCGGGGUCUCCCUGAGGCGGGGGCGACAUGGCCCUCCGCGGCCCCCAGUAUGUUUUUGGAGAUUUUACUCCUGAUGAGUUCAAUCAGUUUUUUGUGACUCCUCGUUCUUCUGUUGAGCUUCCACCAUAUAAUGAAACAAUUUUAUGUGACACUGAAACCCCAGAGGAACUACAUGAUGUUCUCAGUGUCACAGGUACAUCAAUUUCAGUCCAUGCAACAUUGCAUCCUCGAAACAUCACGGAAUGGGUUGAAACAAAGAUACGUGGAAGCAAAGUGGACUGUCAACUUAUAGCAGGGGAAGACUAUCAGCGAAUUGAGUUUGGUGUUACCGAAGUUAUUGAACAAGAUGAAUCUUUACUGAAUAGCACUGACUACAGUAUUUCAAGCACACUGAAUCCUCAGGCCCCAGAAUUUAUUCUUGGUUGCACAACUUCCAAAAAGAACCAUGAUGACCUACACAGUGAAACCAACUACAACUCCAUCGACUGCCAGUUCACAAGCCCUGUGCUUGCUUUGGAUAAUGGCUCCAAUGCUGAAGCAGAAAAUAUAGAAAAUGACAGCCUUUCUGGCGGCCUUGGACAAAGGGAACGUAAAAAGAAGAAAAAAAGACCACCUGGAUAUUACAGUUAUUUGAAAGACGGCAGUGAUCAUAUCCCUACAGAAACUCUUGUAAAUGGUCAUGGAAACUCACCAGUACUAAACAAUGUAAGCACAGAGGAUACAGGAUUUAUGAGAAAUAUACCAUCGUCAACUAUACCGAGGACUUGUAAUAGCCCUGAAAAUGCUGUGGACUUCAUCAGUGACGCUGUGACUGAUGAUUCUUUCCCUAGAGCACUAGACAGUAUCAGGACUGCAGGGCAGCCUGAGGUAUGCCAUGUCACUAAUUUUGAACAGUCUUGCAUCCCUUCAGAGGCCGGCAGGGGAAGCCCAUUAAGGACAGCUGUUGCACAGCCUUAUACUGGUACUACUGAAAAUCUUGGAGUUGCUAAUGGACAAACACUUGAAUCCUCUGUCGAGGGCCCAGCUGCCAAUGGGGUAGAAUUGUACACUGUGGAAAGCACUGACUCUGAUCCAGCUAAGCCUGACAAUGCUUCCCCUACUGCUGAGGUCACAACCCCUGUCACAGGGUCGGUUUCUGUUAGCCAGCCUGCUAAGUCUUGGGCCAGCCUUUUUCACAAUGCUAAGCCCUCUGCUUCCACACCUGGGGCUUAUGUUGAAACGAAAUAUUCCCCUCCUGCCACAUCUGCUCUGCUCCCUGAAAAACAGGUUGAAGUCAAAGAAGGGCUUGUUCCAGUUUCAGAGGAUCCUGUAGCCAUAAAGAUUGCAGAAUUACUAGAAAAUGUAACAUUAAUACAUAAACCAGUAUCUUUGCAACCCCGGGGGCUGAUCAAUAAAGGAAACUGGUGCUACAUCAAUGCUACACUGCAGGCAUUGGUUGCUUGCCCCCCAAUGUAUCAUCUAAUGAAGUUCAUUCCAGUGUAUUCCAAAGUGCAGCGGCCAUGCACGUCAACACCCAUGAUAGACAGUUUUGUUCGACUAAUGAAUGAAUUCACCAAUAUGCCAAUACCUCCAAAAGCCAAACAAGCUCUUGGUGACAAGAUAGUGAGGGAUAUACGCCCUGGAGCUGCCUUUGAACCCACUUAUAUAUAUAGACUACUGACAGUUAUCAAGUCAAGCCUCUCUGAAAAGGGUCGGCAGGAAGAUGCUGAAGAAUAUUUAGGAUUUAUUCUAAAUGGACUACAUGAGGAAAUGUUGAACUUAAAGAAACUUCUUUUACCAAAUAAUGAAAAAUUUUCAGUUUCCAAUGGACCUGAAACACAGUCUAUACCUGAAGAUGAACAGGGACAAGGAGAAGGUAGUGAGGAUGAGUGGGAACAAGUUGGCCCUCGCAACAAGACGUCAGUCACUCGGCAAGCCGACUUCAUUCAGACUCCAAUUACUGGCAUUUUUGGGGGACACAUAAGAUCUGUAGUUUACCAACAGAGUUCAAAGGAAUCUGCCACUUUGCAGCCAUUUUUUACCUUGCAAUUGGAUAUCCAGUCUGAGAAGAUACACACAGUCCAGGAUGCAUUGGAAAGUCUGGUGGCAAGAGAGUCUGUCCAAGGAUAUACCACAAAAACCAAGCAAGAGGUCGAGAUUAGUCGGAGAGUGACCCUGGAAAAACUCCCUCCUGUUCUUGUUCUGCACCUCAAACGGUUUGUGUAUGAGAAGACCGGUGGAUGUCAGAAACUUAUUAAGAAUAUUGAGUAUCCUGUGGACUUGGAAAUUAGCAGAGAACUACUUUCUCCAGGUGUAAAAAAUAAAAAUUUUAAAGGCCACAGAAACUAUCGACUUUUUGCAGUGGUCUAUCAUCAUGGAAACAGUGCAACUGGUGGUCAUUAUACUACAGAUGUCUUCCAAAUUGGUCUGAAUGGCUGGUUACGUAUUGAUGACCAGGCAGUCAAAGUGAUAAACCAGUACCAGGUGGUGAAGCCUUCUGCUGAACGCACAGCCUACCUCCUGUACUAUCGCCGAGUUGACCUGCUCUAAAACUUCUCUCUCUGUGCUGUGUGUGCAAGAUACCCGCUUUCUUAGAAUACCACCUCUUACUAACUUUUUUUCCUCUCUCUAAUGGCUCUAUUGAGUGAAACUUUAUUUCUCCUUUGCAACUGUGGGAUAGAAUGGAAAAGAAAGUAACUCCCUUGGAGUUUGUGCACAGCAUAGUUUGUUGAUUUUUAACUUCCAAAUCAAAAUCAUUUGGUUGAAAGACUAUUGCUUGAUUUAAAAAAUACAAAAGUCCCUUUAUUUCUGAAUAAUGCUGAUUCCUGUGAUGAUAAAGGGGGGAUUUGCAUCUGAUUCCCAAUUUAAUUGCCUAGUAGAAGAAAUCCUGCACCAGCAACACUUGUGAAUUUCUGUGAGAAUGAAUUUUAUCUUUCCUUAUAAAAGUGAAAACCUUUUUAAAAUGCAACACCUUCUCCUCCCUACCCUCUUUAGUUUUUGAUAAAGGAUAAAAAUAUGAGCCAGUUCUUAGAGGAGAAAGAGUUCCCUACUUUAAAAGAAAAUGUACAGAAAGAACAAAAAGCUAAGUUGCUGGUUCUAAAUAGGAAAACAAUUUUAAUAAUUAUGCGAUGGGAAACUGCUGAAGUAUACAUUGCAGAUCAAAUAUUUGGAGUUAAGAUGUUAGGCUAAUAGAUGGGUGAUUGUAACUUUAUUGCUAUUAAAGAUUUCAAACUGCAUUUAUGCUUCUGUGUACACAAGAUUUUAAAAUGAGCAAAAUAAUGAAGGUUGGUAUUUCUUUGUUUGCUUUGUUUAAUUUUGCUGUCUGCUCUUCUCUAAUGUUGAGUUUCUAAUUGUACACAGUUUAGUGAUAUCUAGGAACAUAAAGUUGUCGCCCAUCAAUAAAAAUCACCAAGUUGGUUUAAA